CACAGAACUGUCAAACGAUACCAAUACCAGCUACAACAGCAAAGAAAGUGAAGAAGUGAAUAGGACGUGCGUGCCAUACGCAGGCACAGUAGAACUUGAUUUUCCGCGUGAAAAAUCACCCAAACCGGGCUGGUUGGGUGUAAAAUCGCUUGCGGAAGCACGUCUGCGUUCGUUAAUACCUCUUCCGUGUGCCAAAACGUGUGCGAAAGCUGCAUACAUGCGGUGAGCCGGUAGUGUUAGUGUAUCCCCCCCUUCUUCGCCAUGGUUGUCGCGAUCAUCGCCGACGUCAUCAUCGAUAGUGAUGUUGCUGGUGCUGCAGGUGAAGCAAAAGUCAACCCAACCGGCGGCGGAUGAUGCGAACGAUGAUAUGCAGUGAAUGAAAAAUAGUGAGCCCCAUGCUCAGUGAGUUGCGAGAAAACGGUUCAACCAUGAUGGUUGCGAAGCAGCAGUGAGAAAUAGUGUUUUGCUUUUGUGUGUGUGCGCGUUUCACCAAGGCCCUUCACGGUGGAGGACGAAGUGUGUGCGAAAGGAAAAUGUGCAUCGGAUAAGGGCGCACGCAGUGUGAAAGGCGAAGACGAACGGAGAAAGGCGAAAGGCGGCGAUCAAAACAUGAUCAUCGUUACAACAUCGAAACUACCGACAACGAUGCAUCCUUUCCACGGCAGACUGAAACACCAUCAGAAGAAAAAGAAGCAGCACCAACAGCAGCAAACGCAUACGCAGAGAAGCAAUUGGCGGUAUCUACCGCUUAUAAAACAGCUUACCAAUAGCGGCAAGUACCGGCAGCAGCUCAUAGCGCCAAACUUCUUGAUCAGCAAUUGCCACAAUCUGCUCCGAUUUUGCUGCAACGAAAGUAGUGUUUCGUGCCGAAAGGUGCAUUUGUAUGGAACAGAUGUGGCACAACGUGCUGGAAAGCGAAUAACACUAGUGAAGUGAGUGAAAAAUUUGAAGCAGGAAGCAGUAGUGUGAAAGCUGCUUAGUGAAAUUAAAGAUCAUUUUCGUCGUCACCAAGAACAGGAAGAAGUACGUGACGCGGGCAAAAGAAAGGAAAAUUGUGUCCUUUCUUCAUCGCGAAAUAGUGAAGAUCAAGUUGCGUUUAAUGCUUGUGUAUAGUGUAUCAUUUAGGCCAGUUAAGUUCUACUAAAGCGAGCUAUAGAUAAGCAAAGAAAGGAAGUGUGUGUCGUAUAGCCAAACGACACUAAAUCGCCGUGCUUCCUGUAUCUCUUCAUAAGCGGUGGAUCCUCACCGACCGGAAAUCUAACAACCACGCGUGUCUACACUGAACGUGUGUAACGCGCGAUCUCUACCUCUUGCACUGCACCACUGACAUCAGUGACAGAUUUAACGUCAAUUGCGCUUGUAAUUGUGUGCAGCAUUGCCGGAACGUUGGCGUUGGCGGUAGAGAUAGUGAUCUGCAUCGUUGGUGGUGAAGGAAACACCAUCGACGGUGGUUAGGGAGGGAGAGCAAACCCGAAGCAGGGUUGUGGAAAAUAUACUUGACAACAGCCAGGAACGAAGGUACGGGACGUAGCUAUGGCCACCCCGAACUACAAGGAGCUGAAACUUCAAUCACCGGCUGGUGCUGAACCGUUUCUGUAUAACUGGCCAUUUUCGAUCGGUACGGGGCACGAUUCGGGCAUCGAACUGAUCGAAAAUGUGCGAUGGGUGUGCGAGGAUAUGCCGGAAAUCAAAUCGGCAAUAGAAGAAAUUGAUCUGAACAAACUCGACACCGGCGAUUACGAUGCGAUGAAAAACCUGUGCGAUCGUUUCAAUCGAGCGAUCGAUAGUGUAGCCGCACUGGAAAAGGGAACCUCACUGUCAAACCAACGGUUUACUUACCCUUCUCGAGGUCUGCUAAAGCACAUCAUACAGCAAGUGUACAACCAGGCCGUGGUGGAACCGGAAAAGCUGAACCAGUACGAACCAUUCUCACCGGAGGUGUACGGUGAAACGUCCUUCGAUCUGAUCUGUCAGAUGAUCGAUCAGGUGAAGAUCACAGCGGACGAUGUGUUCGUCGAUCUGGGCUCGGGUGUCGGACAGGUUGUGCUGCAGAUGGCCGCUUCGACACCGGUCAAGGUGUGCUUCGGGAUCGAGAAAGCGGACGUACCGUCCAAGUACGCCGAGGGCAUGAAUACGACGUUCAAGCUUUGGAUGCGUUGGUUUGGCAAGAAGUAUGGUGAUUACGAGCUGAUUAAGGGUGACUUUUUGGCGGACGAGCAUCGGGAGAAGAUUACCUCGGCCACGAUCGUGUUUGUGAACAAUUUUGCAUUUGGUCCUAACGUAGACCAUCAGCUAAAGGAACGGUUUGCGGAUCUGCGGGAUGGUGCGCGGAUCGUUUCGUCGAAGAGUUUCUGUCCGUUAAACUUUCGCAUCACCGAUCGUAACCUGAGUGACAUCGGUACGAUUAUGCAUGUGAGUGAAAUGAGCCCGCUUAGAGGAUCGGUGUCCUGGACGGGUAAACCAGUCUCCUACUAUCUGCAUAUAAUCGACCGCACGAAGCUGGAACGAUACUUUCAGCGAUUGAAAACGAAGGGAACGGAAAAUCAUAACGAUGGUACGAGUGGCGGUGGUAGCGGAUCACAUUCCACACGAUCGUCCCGGUCUCGCAAGGACCAGAGCAAUCACCAUCCGAAGACGAUCACGAACGAUGAUAGCACGUCCGAGAGUGAUACGGAUGUUGUGGGACCGACGACGCGUAAAGCGUGGUCCGAUUGGAACAGUGGCAAAGAGUGCAAGACGAGUCCGUCCGAGGAGGAGAACAACAACUCACCGGUUCUGCGAAAUGGUCGCAUACCGGUGGCAACUAAAAAGCGCCGAAAGAUUACCCGGACCAAAGCGACGGGUAAGAAAUCGGAACUGGCAGCAGCUAGUGCGGCAGCCAAUCGGGAAAUGGGCGUUGGUACUUCAGCGUCCACGGCCGCAGCAGCCGCUGCAGCAGCAGCAGCAGCGAUGGUAGGUGGAAAGAAACGAGGCCGUGUCAAGGGUAAAGGGCGGCAGCGACGGCCACUCAACAUUGCCGGUUUGGAUUUGCUGCAUAAUGAGACGCUGCUAAGCACGUCGGAUCAGAUGAUAGGCAAACGGUUACCACCGGCACCAGGAUGUGUGGAUCAGCAACUUACCUCAUUGGCGGGUGAUAUGCAGCACAACGAGCUGGACAUUCCAGAUGCACCGUCGGAGACCCCAUACGCUCUACAAAUAUUGCUCGAUUUGUACAAGGCUCAAUUUAUGAAGACCAUCGAAGCGAUGCGCAAACCAUCAUAUAGGGACAACGUUCAGCAGCAGUUCGAUCGUGAGAAGGAGCGCAACCAGUGGCUAAUGAAUCGAGCCGGCCAGCUCGAAAAGCAAAUCAAGGUGCUGAUCGAUGACAGUGUGGCAUUGCUGAAGGCGCGCAUGAACGAACUGGGCAUCAGCACUACUAGCCAGAACGAUUUGUUAUGCAAGGCGAAAGAAAUUGUCGGACGGCACAAAGAGCUUCAGGUGAUGGCGGCCAAACUGCAGAAUCAGGUGAAUGUAAUCGAACAGGAGCAGAAGCGACUGGUGAUGCAACAUCUUUCAAAGCUUACCGCCGAACAGCAACAACAGCACCAGCAUCAACAGCAGCAACUGCAUCCGCACCAGCCCUACAUCAAGAUAGAAGACGCUGAACUAACGUCGUCCAGCUCGAACGAACUCGUGCUGAAAGCGAUUGCAAGUACGCUAACGCAGCGCAAAAAGCUUUACGCACAGGUUUCGAAUCUCGAAACCGAGCUAAAUCUGAUUGAAAAAUUAACCGAAGAGCGCAAAUCGAUGGUGGUGGGAUUAGCGUCGACAACGCCCGGUAUCGCUCAUAACGUAGCGUCAGCAGCGGCGACCACAACAACAAUUAUUUCCGUUGCGCGCGCGACGGAAGUGCGCGAUCGGGAACCGUACGGACACACAGUGCAUGCACACGCAACUACCGGCAACAGCAACCGAGAACGCGAGCACAUCCCUGUGGACAUUCAAACCGGCAAACAAGUACCCGAUUCUAUUCAUCCGCUGCAGCGCACGGCCGGUGGAGGUUCGACAGGAAUCGCCAGUAGUACUGGAUCUUUGCAUCCUCCACCACCGGUGCCAGUUGGAACUACACCGGUAACCGUACCGCAUGCGCCUGUGAAGCAAAGCUCUGGCAGUUCGUCACGAUCAGCACAGCGAAAGUCUCGCGAGAAUCGAACACGGUCGCAGGAGUGGCCCGAAAUACCGGACAUUGGUAAGAUCGAGGAAAACAAUCCGGAGAUUCUCGCACAAAAAAUCCUUGAGACUGGCAGGCAGAUCGAAGCAGGAAAACUUCUGGCAGCCGGUAAACAUUCGGCAAAAGAGCGUGCCACCGAUGGCAAACAUGCAACCAUGGCACCCGCGCACGGAACUCAAGCAAUCGCUGGAACUGGACCGGCACCGAUACCCCUCACGGCUCAGCAGCCAUCAGCUGUGGUAGCGGGCUCUCAACCGUUCCCUCAUCACCAGCCAUCGCAACCAGCGCUUCAUCCGCAUCUGCAUCAUCCAGAUGCUGCGUUGAUGCCCGCUCCGGCUUCUACCAUUAACAAGGCACAUCUGAAUCAUCGUGGCAAUAGCGGUGGUUCUGGUGGGCUUCCAUCUACUGCCGUUGUAUCGUCGAUUCCGACGAGCAGUGGUGGAUCGCUUCCGAAGUGUUAUGUACCUGGUUCCGCGCCCAACGAACUACACGUUGGUGUAGGACGGAACGCGGCGGAAGGUUCUGGUGGUGCUGGCGGACGCAACAGUGGAAAGCUGCACGAUUCCCACAAGGUGGUCAACUUUGAGGAUCGUCUCAAGAGCAUUAUAACCUCCGUACUGCAGGGAUCACCAAAAACUGGAAACUCGGGCACGGGACCGGCUCCUACAUCAGCUUCACCAUUGGCAAAUGUACCUCCUUCCUCGGGCACGUCUACCAGCACUGGUCAGCGUGAGGCACAUCAUCGCAGUGGAAGCGGUGGCCAUCAGUCUGUAAUGGUGGAUCCGCUUGGUUCGCCGCUAAAAUCAACAUCAUCUGUGGUCGGUGGCUAUGGGACAUCAGCGGCCGGUUCAGCAAAGACGACGAUUUAUCUCCAGUCUUCGCCGGGAGCAAACUCUCAUCAUCAGCAUCCAAUGAUGGCCGCUCAUGAUAUGUCCGCUCGUGCAUCAUCAUCGGGUGGUAGAGGACCAAGUCCUUCUGCUCAUCAUCCAUCCCAUCAACAGGUACACCAUCAUCAGCAACAACAGCACGCCCAGGUUAGUCAAUCACAGUAUCAACAGCAGCAACUGUCCCAUCAUCCGCACCAUCCUCAUGCGCAACAAUCUCUUCAUCAUCAACAGCAGCACCAACAAUUCCAGAUGCAGCAACAGCAGCACCAACAGCAACAGGGCAUGCUGAAUGUAAUUACCAGCGCUGCACAUCAUUUGAACACCUCGAGUACCUCGAUUUCGACCUCACCCGUGCCAACGUCUCCGUACAAAAUGCAUCCCACCGGACCACCGGCAAGCAGUGGUAGCAUGGCUGGCAAUCCAUCCGCAAAGAUCUCACCGAGUGCAAAGUAUCCCUACGCGAAAGGAAAUCCCGUUACCGGGCUUAGUCAUCAUUCACCAGGAUCGUCGGUAAUGAGCACGCAUCAGCAAAUUAUUCAGCAGCAGGAGCGCGAACGGGAACGUGUAAUGUUGUAUGCGGCCGCUGCACAUGGCGGAGGGCUACCGAUCGAUCAUCCACACCAUCCCUUACAUCAGCACCAUCAUCGUGGCAUACCCUCAUCCAUGGGCGAUGGGAAAAUGCUCGAGUUUAAGGCGCCAGAAAAUUUCCGUUACGAUCCACGGGCAACCAGCAGCAAUGCGUCCGGCAAUGCACCACCGUUGCUCGAUACAUCGGCGGUCGUGUUGCAGAGUCAUUCUCGUAGCUCAUCUACGAACUCGCUCGAUAGCCUACCGGCAGCCGACUAUGGGUCAGCAUCAUCGGCAGUGUCCGGAAUGGGCGGUGCUGUUGGUAGUGGAGGCGUCCGUUACGGUGGCCAACAGCAACCAAUUCCGCUGGUGACACAUUCACCUGGCAUUGGUUCGCAAGGAUCUUCCGCGCAGCAGGGUGGUAAUAAUUCUCGUCCCGGUUCAACAUCCUCCCAGCCAGACUACACGCAAGUUUCGCCGGCUAAGAUGGCGCUCCGUAGGCACUUGUCGCAGGAGAAAUUAACCCAUCCAUCGGCUGGCGGUACUGGUGGUGGUCCAGUAGGUGGCGCUGGUGUUGGUGGUGGCCUAGGGACAGUUAAAACAAUUGGCGAUCUGGUAAACGGGGAGAUCGAACGCACGCUAGAGAUAUCGAACCAGUCGAUCAUAAACGCUGCGAUCAACAUGUCCUCCCAUCAACAACAACCACCGGCGACGUCCGGAAAUGCGUCGGGUCCACCGGGCAAUACGGUAAUCAACACGAACGUGCAACGGCCUGAACGUGUUAGCAUUCGCUUGCUAGAAGAGGCAGCAGCAGGUGGUCCACCACCACCGGGCAGCAGUGGCGGCACGUACAGUCCCAUUUCAAGACCGGGAAGUGUCGGAGAUAAUAGUAGCAAGUCACCCGUCCAUCAUCUGCACGGUCAAAGUAACUUGGCCUCGCUCGUACAGGUAGCGGCAUACAACCCAAAAGCAGUAAACCACAAGGGAUCGAGCGGUAGCUCUACGACCGUACCGAGUUCUAUCGUAUCUCCGCAUGGUUCGUCGCAACGUCAAUACUCACCGGCACCGGGCAGUAAUACCGUUGCGGGAGGACCUGGCGUUGUCUACCAGCAGUCAACUUCUCGCGGACAUGAACGUCAUCAUACGGGUGAUGCACUGCCGUACAUGGCAUUGCCACGUGCAGACAUGAAACCGUACCUCGAGUCGUACUUCACGGACGAGCAUAAUAAGCGUCAGCAACAGUUGCACCAGCAGCAGCAGCAACAGCAGCAAUUACAACAUCCAGUACAAUUAUCUUCACCAUCCUCGAUAUCGUCUGCCGGUAUGGGUCACCAUCAUCAUCAACAGCAGCACAUACAACAUCACUCGUCACAUGCAAUGCACCGUGGAAACCAUCCGGUUGAUCUACACCGCGGUCCAGUAGUGAUGAGUGAACCAGGAAUGAUGUCACGCUCGCGCGGUGAAAUCGUUCCGAUGGAUGACAGCAGAAUGGAUCGCUUAAAUGGUGGACAACCGUUGGAAGGACUUGCAGCAUCCUUGCAGGCACGCGUAAUCGCCACACUCAAGAUCAAGGAAGAGGAUGAAGAACGUCACCGGCGUGAUCUGGGCGUUCAUCACACCACUUCCGGUACCAUGCACAGUAGCAGUAAUAGUAACAGUACCAAUAGCAAUAUCCACGCUGGAAGCCUUCAGAUAGUACAAACUGCACACAUUAAGUCUGAGAAAUACACCUCAUCAUCAUCCGCCUCAUCAACGUCAUCCUCGUCCUCAACGUCAUCUCAUCAUCAACAUGCCCUGAAACGUACCUCACCGAUCGUAGAACAUCCGCCUGGUACUCGUCCACCAAAGAUGCUCUACACAACAUCGUCCUCGGCGGUCGGAAUCGAUUGCUCCGAACCGGAUAUGCUACACGUACCGCGUGGUGCACCUAACAGUAUCGUCGGUCACACCGGUACCGUCCGUGGCGGAUUGCUCGUGGCACCGCCACUAGUAAUGAGCCCGGAAAUUAACUCGCUGGUCGAUGAUGGCCGACAUCAUCAUCAGCUGCACGUACGCCACAAUCACCAUUCGCGCAACGACGUUGACGAUGAUGUGGUCGGUGACGAUGAGUCGAGCUGGCACGAUCGCGUCAGUUCCGGGUUUGACCGUUUGGUGGCAUUUGCUUCAACCGAGCUGGAUAAAACGCGACGCUCGAAUGAGGACGUACCACCGUCGUCGGCAAGCUGUACGACCUCGCCCGAUAGUGGCAUCAAUCAGAGUGAUCACAGCCGUACGUUUCUGUCGUCUUCGUCCUCAUCAUCUCAGCUCGAUGUACCGCCGAGCAGCGCUAGUGCGGGCAGCAGUAGCAGCAGCAGCAUCAGUAGCAGCAGCAGUAACAGUAGUACCAGCAGCAUAGGCAGCGUAACCGGUGGCCAUGGAGUUGGGCACGGACAGCACGUUGGUAGCGGUGGCAACACGGUGGUCGCUGGUGGUUUGAUGCUGAAGCACAUGGUACCGAUCAUAAAGUCGUCGCCCGCCGAACCAGUCGAUAGUCCGCCACUGUCGGACGUUGGUUUACCCCGAACGCCGAGUCCCACAUCAAGUCCACCGCUUCUGUUCGGUCAUCCGACCGCGAUUAGUAGCACGAUCGUAGGUCGAGGAAAUUCAGCAGCAGUUUUGCAACCGGCUGCCCUGUUACAUCCUCCCGGCAAUGGUGGAGGCGGUAAUAAUGGUGCACCAACAGGUACGGUUCAACCUGGCAACAAUUCCAACAGUUUGGGCAUCCCUUUGAAGUACCAGCGCCAAUCAAAGUCAUCCUCGGCUUCGUCUGAGAAACAUUACAAGAAAAAGUUCCGCGAACGUAACUGGGAGGAGUAUGAGGAAAGUUUAAGCGGCGGACGGAACAGUGCCAUUAGCGUUGGAGAACCGAUGGAACAACAGGAUUAUGCUGCUGUUACUGUUGCUUCUGCUGCCGCUGUUGGAAGGCCACAUCGACCGGGAUCGUCCCACAAUGUCAACAUUCUAUCGACGGACUCGAAUCCAGCAGCUUCCGCCACGGCAAUGUCAACCGAAGGUGGUACCACCCGUGGUGAUAAUGGUAGCGAUCAUCAACUUCAGCACCAACAAGUUCAGCAACAUCAUCACAAGCACAAAUCGGCCAAAUUUCGACCAAAGGGCAAAGACUGGAACUGGGACGAUGAGCAUUCGAAUGCAUCGUCCGGAUCGGCGACAAGUUCGACCCGAACGAGCCGUGGAUCGGUGGGAGGUACCAACACAAACCCGACCUGAUUCAUUGUGUUAGAAAAUAGGGCACGUUUUGCGUAAGGAACGAGGAAGUGAAAAUUAUUCAUCGCAGCACCGACAAACCCGCCAGCCUUCGAUCAUUGCAUUAUGUUAAGACAAAAGUAUCGUUUUAGUUUACAAAAGUGUUGAUUGUGUUUAAAACUGUGCACACGUGUAUCUUUCGCGUAUCUUUAACACACACACACACCAUGCUGCCACACCACGAAUAUUUUAAUUACUAAAUAGGGAAAGAUUACCCUUUUCUGUUGGUUCAUGUUUAGCGUUCCUACUAAAGUUCGAUCUAUCUUAAUACGCGCACCCCAUCAAACGUGUUUAGGUUUUUGUUUUUGCCAUUUUAUUUCCCUCAAGAAACAGUGCAAUUUUGCUCAAAUAAUUUAAUAACGAAAAAUAUUCUUUUCGCGGUUUUAUCAUCGUUUUCACGAAAGUAUGAGAGCGUUAGCGUCAAUACAUUCGGUACGGUAACGGAAUCUCUUCAUUGAUCGUGUGUACCAACGGUUCGUUUGAAAGGGAAAGUUCGAUGAAAUGCUUUUCUUUAACUGCCAUUUAUCACGUGUAUUUGUCUUCUCCCUCCAUUAAUGUGUUCAUUCAAUUUAAUUAAAAGGUUGAUUUCAUGUUUAGAAACAUUUUUGAAUAUUAAUUUAGGGAGAAGUGCAUCAGAUCCAACACAAAAAUAUUUCGAACGUUUGGUUGGUUUAGAACUUUUUUACUCAUUAAUAGAAACGUAUUAUGGGGUAGCGUAUUAUGGAAAUUAAUAGACUUUUUUAUAAUUAAUUUAAUCGUUCACUUCGGUAAUGUGUGUACGAAAAACAAAACCGAUUGAUAGUGAAAUAUUUUGUGAGCGUACGUUUCGGUUAGAACGACGAAGACUGAACAUUUUCACCAUUUAACUGCCACCUAUAAUAAUUAGACUCUGUUAGACUAAUUAACCGCACGAAUUGCGAUCUUUGCGACCCGUUUGUUUUGUGUGAGUGUCUGUAUGUUUUCUUUUAUUCCUUCUUUUGUUUUCUCUUAGAAUGGCUGUGGCUUUGUUUUUUUAUGUAAGUGAUUUAAUUUCCACACCCAUCACUGCACACCUUUUUCUUUUGUGUCUGUUCUAUACUACUGCAAAAUACGCCAAAUCGGUAAAAUCGGUCAACUAAAACUGUGGUAAAAAAAAAGACGGUGACUUCUUUUUCGAUGCAUUUUCCCCAAAGCAAACUAUACGUAGGAACGUUUCGGUAUCUUGUCGGUAUCAAAUGGCGAAAAGGAGGGUUAAACAUUUUAAUUAGCUGAUAAAUCACAUCAACCAACUAACCAAGCGAAACCAAGAAGCAAAUGUACAACCUCAUACAUGUUUUAGUAGAAUGUAACAAACAGUUUGGAUUGGUAACAAUCAUGACAAAAGCGUAGCAGUACUAAUUAAAAAAAGUAAAGUAAAACAGCAAACAUAAACGACGUAAAAAGAGCCUAGGGAAGUAUGAAACAUAACUGCAUGAAAAAUGAUAUGAAAGUCACAUUAUCUUAGCAAAACCUGGAAUCGAUAACGGUGAUGUGUAAGGAAAGGAGUGUGCAAAACUGUAUAUAGUUACAAUAUUCAAAGCAGAAGUUAUAUAUUUCUAAGUACAACAAACCUGGAAACUAAACCGCUGAAUGAAAGAGAAAAUAAGAACUGAAAAAUCAAGUGGAAGGAAAAGAGAGAAUGAACGAGGUAAAAGCAAAACCUUUUAACUGUUGCUGCAGAAAAUGCAGCUUCAAAAACAUUUACGCAGCAUUUUACAAACAUUUGCGAGCUCUUCUGUUCUUUUGCUUUAACAUUUGUUUGUUAUAAUCUAUUUUCACAAAAAAACCGCUACUACGGAUUUCCACCGUACAGUUUUGUUAUAUUUCGUUGAGUUAGUGUUCUUUUUUCCCCCUUUUGCUUUUAUUCACUGUUUUUUCUAUUUUAAUUUUUGUUUGCUUUUACUCUGCUGGUUCUCGCACAAAAAGAAACAGCAUUAGAGCGCAAUAGCUAGGUGUAAUGGAUGGGUAAGACAAGUGUUUGCAGCAGUAGUGUUGUACCGCAUAAGUAGCCAAUUAUAUACGAACGUUUGUGAAGCGCAAAAUAUGCCUAGAAUUUGUUUUAAGAUUGCUUUUCUUUUAAUUUUUUUUGGGCCUCUGAGACAAAGAGAUAAUGAUGUUCUGAGCAUGUGAGGUACCAUAUGACAGCAAAUAAGUGGUAGCAAAAUUAGACCGAGAUUGGCGACGAUGAUGGGAGAUGGAAGUAUUUUUUUUUUGUUCAACGCGAUGAUUUGUUCUGGCAAGUACAGACACAAGAUCAAGAAUAUUAGAACAGCAAUAGUAAUUAAAAAAAAAACAAAAGUUAAUAGUACCUUUGUUUUACACAUUUUACAAACAGCAAAGGAAAGCAAAACAAUAUAAUAAUAUCGAGCGAAAUUAUGCUAACAUUAGACUGCAAUGGCAAACGUGCGUAAAUGUAACGUUAUUAGUAACGUACUGUGUUAGGUGAAGAAUAGUUUGGCAAGGAAUGGAAAAGAAAAUAAUCGAGCAAACAAAAAAAAAACAGAGAUAGAGAGAGAGAGAGAGAGAGAGAGAGCUAUACCAGAAUUCUUUCCAGCUUUUCUAGGAAGCUUUUCUUGUGAGAAGAGUAACAAGAGCGAAAACAAAACAUACAAAAUAAAUAACAAAUUACAGGUAAUAUUAAUACGCAAUUUUUAGCAUAUAAAACCUAAAAAACCACGAGCAUGUUGCGCCUUACCACGAUGGUUGGAUGGCAGCAAACGAACAAACAGAAACCUCUCAGGAUAAGGGAAAAACAGACAGCAAAAAAAACACUCCUGAUAAAGGAAAGCAGACAAUGAUAUGACAAACCCAACAUGAUAUGAUAGGAAGUGAUAAAAGGCAAUAGGGCGAAACAUUGUACAGAGAGAGAAAGCGUUUUUUUUUGGUUGGGUUUUGCUUAAACCUUAUCAUACGAAUUGUUUUAGUGAGAAAAAUCGCUUUUUUUACUUCAUGUAAAUGAGAGAUUUUUUCGAUUUUUGUUCAGACAUAGUCCUUAUGUCCAAUAAGGGCAAUGGACUCUGGCAAUGGACUCCACCACUUUGGUUACUGGAAAGAUUUUUCAGCUGGAGUCUUGGAUCACUUAUUGAUCCUUCAAGCUAGACCUGUUUAAUCCGGCACUUGUGCCGGGAUAUUAAACAACAGCGAGAAAUUUGAGUUUUUUUUUAAACGAAGUUCACAGCUUCCUCUCAGGGUUGAUGAUCAUCUCCUCUAUAAAACAAUACGUAACCUCCGCACCGGCUAAGGCAAGACACCCAAGAUAUCCUCUAAAAUAGCAUGUUGUCCGAAGAAAGUAACGUUUUAAUGUGCUCAUUAUGUUGUUUGUUUUGUCUAUCCUUUUCGCUUUUUAUUUCCUAACCCCAUCAGACCGAUGUUUUUGGUUUAUCCAAUUAAGAAAACACAGUACCACCUUCACCUACCGGCUCCCUAAAAUAAUAUGUAAGUUCUCGUUGUAUAGUAUGUACUAUAAUAGUUCAUUUUCCUCGCGUUCUGUACCUUGAUGUACUUGGCGGAUUUUAUAUAAUGAUUACGUAUUAAGUUAAGAUUUGUUUGUUUUUUUUUAUGUUCUUCGUUUUCCUUUUUCUAAGCUAAUUCUUGUAAAUUAAAUUAUACCCAUCGAAUUCAUCGGUGGUACACGUUUAUGCUAAUUGAAGCGAUGUAUGUAUUGUAAUUUAGUAGAAGGAAAAAAAAACAAGCGAAAACUAACUAAUUUUAGCAUAUUUCCACUUGUGUUGUGGUUGUACAAAAUUCAAUUUUAAAUUAUUAACCUAGUUUUCGCGACGGCUAGCCUAGUUUUCAAAUUUUCGGGACGUUUUUCUUUCGAAAUAAUGAUCUCCUUCGCGUACAUGCGAACGUAAAAAGAGGGAAUGUGUCCUGCGCUGAAAAUAAAACAGAGAAAAAGUAGAAUGUCCUUUAAUCAUCCCCACCUACUCCUACCCCAGGUUGUCUACGGAAUAACUGCUUGUAUUGGGUUCUGUUUACAUCUAGGUUUUGUAUGACAAAAUGGACAUUCAUAAAGGAAAAUAGAAGAAAAAUAUUACCCUAGCAGCCUCUUAUUUAAUACGAUUGGCAAAUUAUGAAGUAAAAACAGAACUAGAGAAAACAAAACAAACAUGAUACAGCAAAAAGCUCCUUCGCAGUGUAAAGAAGCUGGGGAACAAAAACAAAAGGCAGGGAAGCAAACAAAAAAAGUAGAAUCGGGAGGAACGUAAGUGGUGGAUAAUUAUAUAUGAUGCAUAAUUAUACUGCUGGGGCUGAGAAACGAGAUAAUGGAAGGUAGAAGUAGUGCUAGUGCUAGUAGAAGUGGAAAAAAUAGUACUAAGCUAAUGAAAGAGAAGGUGAAAAAACAACAAACAAACAAACACCGCACUUAACAGCGUGUGUGUGCAUUACAAAAAUAUAAAGUAAACAACACAACAAGAAAAAACCCUUUUAAAUAUGUAAGAAAAUCUUAACUGGAGAAAAGUAAAUAAUAAUAAUGUAAAACUAAAUAAUAAAGCUGACAAAAUAUAAAUAUUAUACAAAAUUA